AUGGAUAUGGAAAUCAAAGAUUUCGAUAAAUUUUCUGGAUUUAGAAUUAACUGCACGAAGGAUUUGAUUGUUAAGGGAAGUAUAAGUGCCGUGGUGGGCAUGAUACUGGGGAUUAUGUGCUCGCUUAUAGUCAAUUGCACGUUAGUUGAGGUGUCCCUGUCGAAGUUUUUUUCCAUGUACUUCGGUAUACUAUUCAUCGUAGUUGGACUAAUAAUUUUCUGGAGGUUGCACGCGAAUGUAACGGACGAAGCAGAAAAUAGAAGAAGCCAACUGAUGAUCUUGGCGGGACUGAUUGUUUUUUCAGGAAUUUUGUGCCUCUUCUUCGACCGUUCGUGGCUGUUUUCCCUAUCGCCCCUAUCCAAAGUCCCCAUUUACUGCAUCCUCGGAAUUAGCAUUUCUUUCGCAUUAACAUUCAGCUUAAUAGAUUUGAUAAACUACCUGAUCGGGUUUAUCCAGGGGUCCAUAACGAGGCCGCUAAUCGAGUCGGUAGCGCAGGUGUACCUGAUUCUACUGUUCACAAUAACAAUGGGAGCGAUAUUUGGGUUCAUUUUUGGUUUGCUGGACGUAGAAGACGAAUCCUCCCACCAUAUUCGCUUGGCCCUGAUGAAGGCGGAAAAUUGUUGCUUCCCCCUGGGAGCCGUUCUAGGAGGAAUAGCCGGGUUUGGUAAUGAAGUUUUCAGGCAACAAAGCGAAGCCUACAAAAUUGAAAAUGUUACCGAAUUUGAUGAUGAAGUUUGA